CCGCGGAGGGGCAAAAGGAAGAGUUUCGAAGGCAUCUAGCCAGGUGUUUCCCGGUUUUCGAUGGCAAAUACCUGCCGCCAUCCGUGUGGUCUUUCUCUACUUCGAGCUCGGCGAGUGGUAGCAGGGGCAGGACCCUACUAGAGCGAAAGAACAGUGUGAUACAGGAAUGGAGCCAGCACCUCCGGCGCAUCCUCGAGUACUUCGAGGAGACAACCCUAGAAACCCUCGGCGCCUCCUUCGUUCCGGAAGCGGGGAAGUCGAAGCUCGUGCAGCGCAUCGCUCGAAAUAAGAACCUGGUGCUCCUAGCGAUCGAGAGACUCAUCGCUUGUUUGUGCACGCCCCUGCACGCUGUCCCUCUCUGGCCAAGUGAGGGUCAUCUUCACCAGCAUAGCGGUCCAGCAGGAGGAUCUUCUGGACGAGGAAGAACAAGUCAGCGGCGUUUUGUCUCAACGACGACUAGUGGAAGAAGUUCCGAGCCUCUGGACCUCAAUCUCGCUUACGCGGAACUCGCGCCGGAGCGGAAAUUUUCCACGGACGCGUUCUGGCAGGAGAACUACCAAAAUUGGGACUACAGCGAGCGGGAAGCCGUGUUGCAGGUUUGGAACGCGGAACCGCUACCGUCGCCGCGUACGCAACAGGAGCUGCACCGCGCCCAGUACUUCAGCAUCGCUUCACCUCCAAAAGAGACAGAAUUGUUCCAAAUGGAGGGACAGGUGCAGAACUUUCUUCUGCACCGCGUUGGUUCGACCACUUCCAGGGCGACAAAUAAUCAAGACCUGCUCAACGGAAGCAGCAGUGGGGGUGCGCGCAUGAUGAACUUCACAAAGUCCCCGGAUUCGAACCGGGACGGUGCGACGCCGAAAAGUACGGCGGAAGGCGGGACAGCGGCUUCGGGCCUUCGAAAUUGGCUGUCCAACACGGCGCAGGCUGCCGCCUCUCUGUCGCCGGUGCGAACGCUAAUGGGAGGACGGGCGGCGGACAAUUCGAGUUCGACCGCGGAUUCACGAACUCCGCCAUUCAACCAGCCGAACAAAGCUGGUCGGUCGCUGUCCGGGAGCAGUCUCGUUCCCCCUAUCGUCGGAUUUCCACCUCCGCAAGGGAAUGGGAGUAAUCCCACACAGCAGGUGUUUGCAGCUGCAUCCGACGAGGAUGAAGGUGAAGAUGCUGACCUGGUGUUGGAUGAGGCUGCAACGGUGGUUUCCUCGUCGGUUACUCCGAGCAACAGGCUUCCGGGCAGCAAAUCGGGUGUAGCUUCCACACUGCUCUCUGCGGCUUCGAAAGCGGUGAACCUAACCUCUGCAGCGAUGCAUCAGUCCAUCUCUAGUACCACUUCGGGGAUCAGAACGCCCUCAGAAACCGGAACGCCCGUCGCUGCAGGGGGCAGCCAUGGCCCGCGGCACAUGUACUACUUGGAGCCGCCAAGCAGCGAGGUGGACAAACAAGUGUUUCCGGAUCUGAUGACAGUCUCCACGGUGUCGGUCCUGGAUACGAGCACAACAGAGCCGGACCUCGCGUCCACGCCGGAUGUGGUUGCACCCGCUGCGGUGCGCCAUUCGGAAAUGGAUCGGGGCAACAUCAACGUGGAAGGAGCUGCUGCACAUCACCAGCAGCACCGGUUUAAAAAUCGACAAGAAAGGACGAGAACCUCGUCGCUGCGCCGCGACGUAGAGAACAAGCCGAGCCUGGCGCUGGUUCUGCCCGAGGAAGAGAGCGCAAAUCGCUGGUUCAAGUGCGCGCAAGCCCGGGCCACGAACCUGCUGCACUGUCUGCAGCGGUUCAUCCGGGCGCUCGCAUUUGCGGACGCCAUCAGUGGGUUUUACAACGACGAUGAAGAGAUGUCGAAUCCAAAUAGCUAUAGCAGCAACCACGCGCCGCCCGUUGUGGUGCAGUUGGGCAAUCGACGGGCGAGGAACAACUUCUAUGACGGGCCUCCGGGAAGUAGAUCCUACGGCAAUUACUACAGCAACCCGAAGCAGCAUGAGAUUACGCAAAGUGCAGAUUCUCUCUGGGCCUUCUGCCUUGCGACGCGCGGCGUCAUGCGUGCGUUUCAGAUAUACGGCUGCGUGCUAUCUUCCGCGGAGAUGGAGUGUUGCAGGAGUCACUUCGAGGAGCUUCGGGGGCUCGCAGACACACGUUCUUCUUUCGGCGGCGAAGAUGCACAUCAGCAACGCACACAACAAGGUGGACACCAACGAGCAAUAGCUAGCCAGUCUGUAGCCCGCAGCGCCGUAACGACCGUGUCCGCCCCAUCGAGCAAAAACACGACUCGGGGAGCAGACCACUGUGCAACUUUUCGGCCCUACCAGAACACGGUGAAAGUGAUUCAGCGCGCAGCGGACCAGUGCGGUUCGGUAUUCAAACUUCUGGCCGAGCGCGUCAAUUCUUCAGCGCAGGAAAGCGACGAACAGGUGCAUGCAUACAACAGCUCCGUCGUGAAUGCUGCACCGUACCACGAUGGCUCGAUCUACAGUUUAACCAGCCAACACACGGACACGACCCAGCACCAAGUCACCGCCAGCGGUCGGACUUCCUCCAAGGAGAUGGUGCUGCAGAGUCUUCGGUUUGUGGUCGGUCGAAUGGAAAAGAUUUCUGCAACCUGCAAAAGUUUCGACUUUUCAACUGCAGAAAAAAACCUGCACAUGGAUCGCGAUGUCGAGGGACUAUUGAGAUUCGAUGGUAGAAGUAGGAGCGCAGAACAGGCUCUGCCGUAUUCUUUUCUGGACCAUUGCUUCGUCGAGGAUCAGAUUUGUGCAUCAAAAUUAUCUUCAACCGACGGCAAGGGACAUGAUGACAACUCUACUUCCGGUGUUGGUGCAACUACAUCUUUAGCCUGGCAACAGGAAGGACCUCCGCGCUCGAACCCGUCUACCAUUUGUUCAACUUCGUCGGGCAGUGCUUCCUCUUUCCAAGAAAUGCAGAAGCGUACGAAAUCUCGCUCCGUGAACGCGUUUCAGCGCGAGUUGCGCCGUCUAGGCGUCGCCGUUCCGUUAUCAACGGGUAACAAGAACAACUCUCAAACCGCAGGCUCGGAAACGAGCAUGAACGUGACAGAUUUAUCCGGCGAGAGUGGCAUGUUCAAUCAAUCUGUUCUCUCCACGUCCAGCGCUGGAACAACGACCACGAACACCGCAUCGGAUCAACAUCCGUCAGCAAACAACUCCAGCAACAUCCGCAGUUGGUCCGACAUGCGGCGAGAACUGAACGCAAAGCGAAACCUCGAGAUCGAACUCGACAACGCACGGACGCAGGCCUCCAACUUGAAGGCAGAAGUGGCCCGGUUGCAGGAGGAGCUUUCCGAGAGCAGAACGGUGUUUAGCACGAUCACGCCAGCAGCAAGAGGCUUCCUACCACCGCCACGACCACCCGCUCCUGCGGAUAGAAGUAGUGAUGGUACAGCGAAUGAUAACCCGGAAGACAAUGACAAAUCGGCGGGUGAACAAGCAAGACCGAGUGCUGCGAGCGCUCGCAAUCCGUCGGCGGCGAGUCCGUCCUCUCGCACGAAGAGCUCUUCGUCAGUGCAAUCCAGUGAUGACGAGAUGCUGAUCGGUCCCGGGGGCGAGCGGAUAUCGCUGCGCAAGAUGCAGGACCAGCUGUCAAACCGGGAGCUCUUAGUGGAGCAGCUUGAAGGCGCCAUCGCCUGGGCAGACAAGCGCACGGAGGACCUGCAGAAAGUGGCGCAGAGAUACUACGGACAGGUAUGAAAUAAAUCAAGCGUGCUUUAUAGGUUCACCCGGUGCCUAGGUUUUUCCGAACAUAGAAAACCCAACAUCAACUAAAAGUAGACUAGAUGUCUACGAGACUCGAAUAGCUUCGCCCGCUCGGUUUGACAUCGCAAACUUGCGCUAGAAGGAGCAACUUUCACAGAGUUCACAGUCUGGGGCGGGGAAGCAGCGCACGGGGCAGCGCGACGGUACUUGGCAUCAACUGCAAACAGCAGCUGAUCUGGAAGCGAUUGACACCGCGACCCGAGCGCACGACGCGCGGGGCGGUAAAUCAUGCCUGGCAGGGGACACACCUCGGGCAGAUUCCGCGUGAACAUGCAUGCGCGCCGCCACCUGCACCCGCUAGGGGGACGGCGCAUACUUGCAUCAGGCCGAGCCCUCUUUUGAAAGAAGAUAGAAGUCGAACGCCUCAGCUCCAUGCCCGAUCGCUCUAGUUACUUAGCAGGCGCUUGGAUCUCCGCCCUAGGCUUGAAAUAUUGACUUGAUUACGUUCUUAAAUUGGCUGCGCUAGUGGCCCGCACUUGAAUCAUCGAGCCGUGGAUCGUUUUACGCCGUAGAUUGCCGGAGAGCGGAAAACAGCCGCGGUAGGCGCGUAGGCCGCUCAACAUGAUAAAAGUCUCAUACAUCGCAUGCCCUCGGCCAUGCGCAUCCUAUUUCCAAACAGCGGCCACCUAUUUCCGUCUCGCCCAUGCAGACAUCACUCAGAGCGUUGGUUUUCAGCGCGCCUCUGUUGUCAUCUUCAUCCAUUAGUUUAGAUCUAUGAUCGCCGCCAACGCUUUUACUUUUUUCCUCCAGUAAGCUGUCUUUUUUUCCUGCUGCGCUUUUAUUUUCUAGUUUCUUGAAGACAUUGAGAUACUUAGCCGCCACGCACACGAUGUCGAAGGAGGAUCAUGGUUCGGGCGAGCGCGGCCGAUUUGCGCCAAUUCGCCGGGAUGUCAUUUACCACCGGCGCACGGGUGCGCAGAAGGAGCACAGGGAGCCGAACGCUAGGGGAGUUGCGGCGGAGUACAUUUGGGCCGGGGAUUCGAAGGCCGCCAGUGGCCACGUUGUGUCGUGGUUUUUCACCUCGCAGGAGCCGAAGCGCCAGAAGGAAAGCGAGCGCCAUCGUGUUCGCCUGGCGACUGGGGACUGGUGGCUGAUUUCGUGGCAUCGGGCGGAAUUUUUUCUGGACGAAGUCGUGGGCAUCUCGGAAGACUAUACGAACGCCAUCGACGCCGCAUUUUCUGCGGUGCGGCCAGAUGUCGCGCUGCUUCCGACGUCAUCACUGCACUGGUCAUAGAUCUUGGCAGCCUUAGGGUCGACGUGUCCGAUUGGUUUUUUUUUUAGAAGUCCUGCCGACAGGUCUCUUUGUGAAAUAGUCAUAAUGUAUAUGAAUGAAAGAAGAUUGUGAGCGGCUUUUUACCGGAGUAGCUGCCGCCGUAUUUGUUCCGGCCGAUUUCGAAGAUGUUCGCCAUGGUUAUAGCCUGAUGGGCCCCAGCCUGCUCCCGCGUUUGCUUCCUUCCCUGCGCAGUCUUGUUGGUUUGCAGAUAUCUUGGCAACUUGAAGAUCUAAGCCUAUGACUUUUGAUGUGAAGACUCACAUGCGGGGGGCCCUUGCCCCCCCCCGCGCCCCCCCCCGCCCUUUCGAUGUGAUGACAUUGCGCCUCAAUCUGUAUGCCUGAUUUUUAUUUUUGAGAUGAAGACUGACAUGCGGGGGGCCCUCGCCCCCCCCCGCGCCCCCCCCGCCCUUUCGAUAUGAUGAUAUUGCGCCCCGAUCUGUAUGAGUAGUUUUUAAUUCUAAGACUAUAACUUCAAGAUCUAAAGUUAUGACCAUGCGGGGGGCCCUCGCCCCCCCCCGCCCUUUCGAUGUGAUGAUAUUGCGCCUCAAUCUGUAUGAAUGAUUUUUAUUUUUAAGAGUCUGCGCCCCGAUCUGUAUGAGUAAUUUUUAAGUCUAAGACUGUAACUUCAAGAUCUAAAUUUAUGGCCAUGCGGGGGGCCCUCGCCCCCCCCCCCGCGCCCCCCCCGCCCUUUCGAUGUGAUGACAUUGCGCCUCAAUCUGUAUGAAUGAUUUUUAUUUUGAAGAUGAAGACUUACAUGCGGGGGGCCCUCGCCCCCCCCCCCGCGCCCCCCCCGCCCGGUCGAUAUGAGGAUAUUGCGCCCCGAUCUGUAUGGGUAGUUUCUAGAUUUAAGAUUAUAACUUCAAGAUCUAAAUUUAUGACUGAUGAGAUGAAGACUCACAUCUUGAUGAAGGCGCGCCGAUUCAAUUAUGAAGAUUGAGACUAUGACUUUGAGAAGAUUAUGACUUUACUUCUAAGAUAGGAUAAGAUGAUGACUUUGAUGAUUCCAAGAUGAGAUAAGAAGUUGUGACUUUUGAGAUGAUUCGAUUAUGAUUUGAGAUUAAGACUUGAGAUUCGAAUCUUUUGAAUAUGAGACUAUGUUAUGAAGAUAUCUGAAUUUAAAUAGUGAAUUGCGCUCAAGUUGUGAAUUGAACUCAAAUGGUGAACUGAACUCAAAUGGUGGACCGAACUCAAAAGAUGCACUGAACUCUUGAACCCUUGAACAUUUUGAAUUUCUCGCAAGUCUUGCAAAGAUCUUGUAGAUAUGACUAUCAACGAUAGUACAUUUGCAACAAACACAUGAUCAAGCACAGCACUACAUCAGAUUCAAGACCUUAGCGACGAACGCGAGACGAUGCGGGAAAUAAUUGAGCGCAAGGUCGGCGAACUGGAAGAGCUGAAAAGCCGGGACCAGGAGACAAAAAAAAGCUACGAGGAGCAGAUUUCAGUCCUUUCGGAGCACCUCUGCAGCAUGGAUGUGAAGUUCUCGCAGCAGGCCGGGCGAAUCGAACGAGCGCGCAUACGCUGCGGGAAUUGUGGCACGUGGAACAGCCUCGAUCUGUCCGGCGACAAGACCUGCACCAAAUGCCGCAGCAUUCUUCUGAAACUUGGAUAACGAGAUGGCGUUUUUGGUGUGUCGUUCGAUCCAAGAUUUGGUCUUCGAAUCCGCGACAAUGCGUCUUGGUUCGACGUACAGGAGGAAAUGCAAAAACGUGUGUCGCAUCAACAAGCAUCUUCCGUGGAAGGCUCC